AUGUUGAUUCCGGACCGUUGCACAGUGCUGGUAGUUGGAGGCGGCCCUGCUGGGUCAUAUGCCGCCGCAGCGUUGGCCCGGGAGGGCGUCGACACAAUCCUGCUCGAGGCAGAUGUAUUUCCUCGAUAUCACAUUGGUGAGAGCAUGCUUCCGUCUAUCCGCCACUUUCUCCGGUUCAUCGAUCUCGAUUCGGAGUUCGAUAGACACGGGUUUGUUCAAAAGAACGGCGCCGCUUUCAAGCUCAACUCGAAGCCGGAAGCGUAUACCGACUUCAUUGCUGCCGGAGGCCCAGGAAGCCAUGCAUGGAACGUUGUGCGUUCCGAAGCCGAUCAUAUUAUGUUUAAGCAUGCCGGUGAAAGUGGUGCAAAGGUCUUCGACGGCGUCAAAGUGAAUGGGAUCGAUUUUGAGCCCCUCCCUGGUGCGGCUAAAGACUCGGCGCUCGGGAGGCCAGUAUGUGCGAGCUGGGCGUCCAAAGGAACGGGCACCUCAGGCACCGUCAAAUUUGAGUAUUUGGUUGAUGCCACCGGACGAGCGGGCCUGGUUAGCACUAAGUAUAUGAAGAACCGGCGUUAUAACGAGGGUCUCAAGAAUGUCGCCAGCUGGGGAUAUUGGAAAGGGGCUGGCUCGUAUGGAGUCGGGACCCCUCGAGAGGGAGACCCAUACUUCGAGGCAAUUGAGGAUGGAAGCGGUUGGGUGUGGUUGAUCCCCCUACACAAUGGAACAACAUCCAUCGGGGUUGUAAUGAACCAAGAUAAGGCCACCAUGAAAAAGCGUGAGAACGGAUUGACGACUCAAGAUUUCUAUCUAAACGUUGUGAAAAACACCCCAGGUAUCCAACAGCUGCUAAACGACGCGGAACUGGUGUCCCAUGUCAAGUCCGCUUCGGACUGGUCCUACAGCGCAUCGAGCUACGCCAGUCCCUAUCUGCGUAUUGUUGGAGACGCGGGCUGCUUUAUCGAUCCCUUCUUCUCAUCUGGUGUGCACCUUGCUCUCGCAAGCGGACUGUCGGCUGCGUUGACAAUCCGUGCCGCCCAGAGAGGGGAAUGUGCUGAGCCAGCGGCCGCAGAAUGGCACUCGAAAAAGGUUGCAGAGGGAUACACCCGAUUCUUACUGGUGGUGAUGAGCGCUCUCAAGCAGAUCUCAGACCAGGAGAAGCCUGUCCUGACCGACUGGGAUGAAGAAAGUUUCUCCCGUGCAUUUGGUCUCUUCCGGCCUAUCAUCCAGGGAACGGUAGACGUGGACAAGUCUCUCACACAAGUAGAGAUUGCGCAAACUAUUGAAUUCUGCGUCCAGGCAUUCGGAACUGCCAGUCCCAAGGAGCAGGAUGCAGUGAUGCACAAGCUGGCGGCCAUCAACGAUCUGCCGCUCGGUCCAGAAGACGCACGCAAGCAGCUGGAUGCCAAUUUGUCUGCAGAUGAACGGCAAAUUUUGUCUACGAUCCAGGCACGGCAGAUUAUUCGGACUGAGGAUACGAUGAAUAUCGAUAACCUCACCCUCGAUGUAAUUGACGGAAUGGUCCCGAAUCUGCAGCGCGGGUCGCUAGGGUUGACACGAUAUGUCCCCACGGCCCACACGAGCCAUAGCGAUGACGUACGGGCGACACUGGGAUUGCCCGAUAAGCAAAAUUCUAUCUUUUCUUAUUAG